AUGGGUGCCGGUCAAUCCAAAGCUGAGUCGGACGAGCAUUUCUCGGAGGAGGUCGUGAACAACCUCUCGGACAAUCUCGCUUCUCCGGACACUCCUCCCGAGAGGCAGUCAUCCCUCGAUGCCCACAUCCGUUCUAGGAUUCAAGUCGAGCUCGCUCGCCUCCGUGAAGAGGAGGAGCAUGUGCGGGAAGAAAUAGAACGUGCCCUCGAGAAGGAGAACCUUGACCGCGAGAGGGACAUGGCCGGUGACGAGACAGACUCCGGAGUUGGCCAGGUCAAGAGCACCACCGCUUUACUCGGCGAUGUGGACGAACUCCGGAAACAAGUUGAGAGGUUCCACUCCAAGAAGGACGACGACGACUUUGUUGCUGCUAGGUUGAAGAGUGAGGCUGUGGUGCAAUGUUACAAAAACAACCCUUCGACCACGCUAGACUGCUGGAAACAGGUCGACGAGUUCAAGGCUUCCGUAGCUCACUUGGAAGAGCGCUACGUAGAAUCCCUACGGUAA